UCAAGUUGGUACCGGUAAAUGUCAAAAAAUUCUGUAAAAACUUAAAAAUUUCUUAUAAAAAAAAUAACAAUAAUAACAAAUGGGUGAUAACACAGAGUCCACAAACGAUAAUAUGGUUCCAGCGGAAGGGCAAAUCAAUCAGGACGAGUUAAUCCUGCAACAACAACGUCAAAUCCAGCAGGAGAUAUCCGAAACGAUUUCGCUGGUGGGUGAGCUGGACACGAUUCAAUCUUUACACGCUGAAUACGCCGCCGAUGAGGUUUACUUAGAGAAAAUCAAAGAUUUAUCAUCAAAAUACAAGUUUAUCAGGCGUACACGACCAGAUGGGAAUUGUUUCUUCCGUGCGUUUAGCUAUGGAUACAUCGAAAAACUUCUUAACAAUAAAGAGGAUUUUAACACCUUUUUUAUGUUAGCUAGUAACAGUAAAAAUAGUUUAGUCCAACUAGGAUUUCCACAAUUUACAGUUGAAGACUUUUACGAUACAUUUAUGGAAGUGCUCAAGCGUAUAGGCGAAACAAAGAAUGUAAAUGAUGCGCGACGCGAGUUGCAUACAUUGUUUAAUGAACAGGGUUAUUCAGACUACAUGGUUGUCUAUUUGAGACUAUUAACUAGCGGACAAUUGCAGCGUGACCAAGACUUUUAUAGUUGUUUCAUUGAAGGCGAUCGUACGGUGGCUGAUUUUUGCCAUCAAGAAGUAGAGCCAAUGUAUAAAGAAAGUGACCAUAUUCAUAUAAUGGCUGCUUGCUCUGCUAUGAAUACAGGCGUGCGAGUAGUUUAUAUGGACAGAGGCAACAACAAACAAGUUACUGAGCAUGAUUUACCUGAGGGUAGCGACCCUUAUGUUCACUUACUGUACCGUCCUGGACAUUAUGACAUCCUUUAUCCAAAUAAUUAAACAUGUAUUAGUUCCGUUUAUACUAUAUAUAUUAUUUUUUUCAUUAAAAUAAUUUCUAUUAUGAAAUAAUCCAAGAAAAACAUAA